AUGAUGAACCGUCUUUUUUCCCGUCUUCGUCCCAAAAUUUCCUCCCUUUUUGUCCGUGCUCUUCCAUCAACUGAGCUGUUUUCCCCGUCACGCUCCUUUGCGGUCAAAGUCACUCAGAAAGCUCCUGCUUUCUCUGGAACUGCCGUGGUAAAUGGACAAUUCAAAGAAAUACAACUGGAGGACUUUCUUGGAAAAUAUCUCGUCGUUUUAUUUUACCCACUGGACUUCACAUUCGUUUGUCCAACCGAACUAAUCGCCUUCUCUAACCGCAUAAAGGAAUUUCAGGAAAUCAAUUGUAACGUCAUUGGAGUUUCUACGGACUCACACUUUAGUCAUUUGUCGUGGAUCAACAUGCCCCGAAAAGCAGGUGGUUUAGGCGGUCUAACCUAUCCUCUUUUGGCUGACUACAACAAGCAGAUGUCGAGGGACUACGACGUUCUUCUGGAAGGACCAGGUGUGGCCCUCCGUGGACUUUUUAUCAUUGACUCGAAUGGCACCAUUCGCAACAUUACGAUUAAUGACCUUCCCGUUGGUCGUUCUGUGGAUGAAACUCUUCGUCUCGUCAAGGCUUUCCAGUUCGUUGAUAAGCAUGGCGAAGUCUGCCCUGCAAACUGGACUCCUGACUCUCCUUCGAUGAAGCCCAAUGUUGAGGGAGCGAAGGAAUACUUCGAGAAAGUCAACUAA